AUGCAGCCACAGACCGGACCGCAGAGAUCUCGGCGAAGACAAGCGUCGGGGUCAGACCACGUCAAACAUCGCCGGACAAGAAGUGGUUGUUACACUUGCAGACAACGUAGAGUAAAGUGUGACGAGACACAUCCUAUUUGCGAACGCUGUCGCAAAGGCAAGCGUGAAUGUAACUAUCCCGGAACGACAUCGUCAUCGAAAGCUUCAAAAGCUGGCAGCAGGUCUAGAAGCUCACCAGGUGGCUCAAGUCAGUCCGGCAGCGAAGAAGACACUGACGAACACGAGCCACUGUCGGCGAUCCCGGACGACGAAGAAGAGGAAGACGCCAAUGUCGAGCUUUACUCCGCAACCUCCGACUAUCGUAGACCAUUCGGCUCGCCACUGACAAAAGCCGGGAGCGGAUCUCCCCCUCUCGAUGAGUCGUCGAGAGCAUCCACUACACGUUCUAGCAUACUGCAACCCGUACGACGCAGCUCGAAGUCGACAGCCAAAUCGGAGCUCUCCUCGAGCCGUCGUUGGGCGUCUCUACCGAAGGACGUCAGGUUCUACCUCAAGUAUCAUCGUGAGACCCUGACGCAUCAUCACUAUGCCUUCAAGUACGACGGAGGUGACUUUCUCAGGACGACAUUCCUGGAGAUCGCUAUAAAUGAUGCCAGCGAGGCGUUGCUAUACGCUGUGGUGGCCUUCUCGGCACAUCACCACGCAGUCGCGCAAAACGACAACAGGAUAUCUACGUUCCUCAAUUAUUACAACAAGGCAAUCAUCAACCUUCAGCAACAUCUGAAAGGCAAAAGACACAAUGUUGCCACACUUUUAACGAUAUUACAGCUAGCUACGAUUGAGGAAUUCCUGGGAGAUUGGGUAAACCUGCUGGGGCAUCAAAAGGCGGCCUACCAGAUACUGACCGAUCUCUUCACACCUCAAACGAUCAUGCAAGACGAAACCCGCCGCAAGAUCAUUGUAUGGUAUAUUCGAUUCGAUCUUUUCGCGGGCAUGAUGUCCGGAGGUGAAACAUCGCUCGAUCGCGAAUGGUUCGCAGCGUCCGCAGACUUCUACAAACGCCAGACGACGGAUAAGCCCCAUGACAUUGGGGCACGACUUGAGGAGUACUUCGCCACAUCACGCCUCCUGGCGACUGAUGUUGCCCUUUUGUUCGCGGGCAGGACCAAGAACGCCAUCGAUGAUGAGCAGUUCUCUGCCGAAGUCGAACGUCUAACGAAAGACUUUGCAGAUUUCAGUCACACCAUCAAGACAGCCUUCACAGAUCCAUCAUACUUCCAGAAGACUUUUCCAAGGGCUCCCAAACGCGCUGCCGACGAUCUUUUCAAUUUUCGAGAUCCGAACGCUUUAUACGCCGGAGAACUGUCUGCCAUGAAUUUUGUGAUCAUGGAUUUCAUGGCCAUUGAACUCAUGUUCAAAUAUCAACUAGCCAUGGCAUCAGGCCAACAACCUCCCGCAGAGCUUGGGAAGAUCGCGAUGAAAAAGUGCAAACUACUGGAGGCCAUCGAGUACGGCGACGACUCGCCAACAGCGCUACUUGGAUGUCAGGCCAGUCUCGGAAUUAUGACCCUGUUCCUCCCAAAGACCCCAGAGUACACCACCUGGUGCCGACGGAAAUUCGCACUGGUAGAACAGCUCGGCUACAUGUAUCCAGUGACAUUACGGCUGCGCAUGAGCGAGCUUUGGGGCGAAGAUGUCUCAACGUGGUGGCUCCCCAAUGACGAGGGAUUUCACGGCGUCAUCCGAAUCAUACGCGAUUUCAUCGACUACCGAGCAACGCGGCCGACGGAUGAAUGGUGA